UAUAAUAUUAAUGUGAAACAAGGAAAUAUCUGCAAAAGAUAAUGUCUAAACUAAAAAAUGUGUCUUGAUGAUUUUAUGAAUAUUGCUUAAAUGAGGAUGAGCAAACUAUGACAACAAUGGGGUUUAGGAAAAAGUCAACACCCAUCUCCAUCAUCAUUCAUUAUUUCAUUUGGUGUUUUAUACAGCUGCUGUUCGUCGACCUAAAACGACUUCCCUUUGCUUCCUUUUCUUCCCUCCUAGCUACUACUAAAUAUAAACGAGUAAGAGUUGAAGUUGAAAGGUUACGAAGAAGAUGAUGAUGAGAGUAAAGGAAUGCUUAUUGGCCUUGUGGCUAUGGUGUGGUUGUCUCCUUCUUCUUGCUUCUGACUCUCCUGUUACCGAUCCUUCUGAAGUUAGUGCGUUGCUUGCGGUGAAGAAGCAGUUGGUUGAUCCCUUGAACCGUCUCAGAAAAUGGAACAAAGGGGACCCUUGUACAUCCAGCUGGACUGGAGUUGAAUGUUCUGAUCAUCAAGGCAAUGAUGGAUACUUACAUGUUAAGGAACUUCAGCUGCAAAAUAUGAAUCUCUCUGGAACUUUAGCACCUGAACUUGGCCAACUUUAUCAUCUCGAAAUACUAGAUUUCAUGUGGAAUGAUUUGACGGGUAGUAUACCCAAGGAGAUAGGACAUCUCUCUACCUUAAGACUCCUACUCUUGAAUGGGAACAACCUAUCAGGUUCUUUGCCAGAUGAACUUGGCUACCUCCAAGAACUGGACAGAUUUCAAAUAGACCAGAACAACCUAUCUGGUCAAAUACCAAAAUCAUUUGCUAACUUGAGCAGUGUGAAACAUAUCCACUUCAACAACAACUCACUUAGUGGUCAAAUUCCCCUUGAGCUGUCUCUAUUAUCCACUUUGCUUCAUGUGCUUUUGGAUACUAAUAACUUAUCUGGAUAUCUUCCAUCAGAGUUUUCGAACUUACCAAAUUUGCGCAUACUUCAACUUGAUAACAACAACUUCAGUGGAUAUGAUAUUCCAGCUUCUUAUGGGAACUUUUCCAAAUUAACAAAAUUAAGUCUUAGAAAUUGCAGCUUGCAGGGAGCAGUUCCUGAUCUUAGCAGGAUAUCGAACCUUAGCUAUCUGGAUCUCAGCUGGAAUCAUCUUACUGGACCUAUACCAUCAAAUGAGCUUUCUCAUAAUAUGACAACCAUUGAUCUUUCAUAUAACCAACUAAACGGAUCUAUUCCUGGAAGUUUCUCGGACCUUCCUUUACUUCAGACCCUAUCACUACAGAAUAAUUUCCUGACAGGUCCUGUACCUACCAACAUAUGGCAGAACAUGUCCUUCGAUGCUAGUGCUAAGCUUAAUAUUGAUCUUAGAAACAAUUCAUUCUCAAGGAUUGAAGGAAAUCUUAAUCCUCCAGUGAAUGUUACCCUCAGGCUUGGAGGCAAUCCUGUCUGCCGAAAUGCGAACUCAUUGAAUAUAAGCCUGUUCUGUGGAUCUGAACCCGGAGAGGAUGACAUGCUAAACUUAAAUAGGUCCAAAAUGGAAUGCCGAAGUCAAUCAUGCCCCAUGGGCUACGAAUAUGUCCCAGCAUCUCCCGUUCCAUGUUUCUGUGCCGCUCCUCUUAGAAUCGGAUAUCGUCUAAAGAGCCCCAGUUUUUCUUAUUUUCCUCCAUAUAUCCGACCUUUUGAGGUGUACUUGACUAGUUCUUUGAACUUCAGCCUAUAUCAACUGUAUAUUGAUACAUACGUUUGGGACAAAGGACCACGUCUAAGGAUGUAUUUGAAGCUUUUUCCUAGUGUCAAUAGUACCCCCUCUAAUACUUUUAAUGAAAGCGAAGUUCGGAGAAUCAGGGACAUAUAUGCAUCAUGGUCUUUUAGUGGUAGCGACUUCUUUGGACCAUAUGAGUUGCUCAACUUCACUCUACUAGGACCUUAUGCAAAUAUUGACUUUGGGAGUGAAAAUAAGGGUAUCAGUACGGGCAUUGUGGUAGCGGUUGUAGUCGGGGGUGUUGCCUGUGCAGUUGCAACGUCUGUUAUCAUAACAAUUCUAAUGAAAAGAAGAUAUGCUAGACACCACCGUGCAGUGUCAAGAAAACGCUUAUCUACGAAAGCUUCUAUGAAAAUUGAAGGAGUGAGAGACUUUACAUUUAAAGAAGCGGCACUUGCUACUGACAAUUUCAAUAGCUCAACUCAAGUUGGACAAGGAGGAUAUGGAAAAGUGUAUAAAGGCACUUUAUCUGACAAAACAGUUGUUGCCAUAAAACGUGCAGAAGAAGGAUCAUUGCAAGGACAAAAAGAAUUUUUGACAGAGAUAAAGCUUUUGUCAAGGCUGCAUCACCGAAACCUGGUUUCACUCGUUGGAUACUGUGAUGAAGAAGGGGAACAGAUGUUGGUGUACGAGUUCAUGCCCAAUGGCACCUUGAGGGACUGGCUUUCUGCUAAAGCUAAAAACACCCUGAAUUUUGGAAUGAGAUUACGUAUUGCACUGGGUUCAGCGAGAGGAAUUCUUUAUCUCCAUACUGAAGCAAAUCCUCCAGUAUUCCACCGAGAUAUCAAAGCCACCAACAUUCUUCUGGACUCCAACCUUAAUGCAAAAGUUUCUGAUUUUGGUCUCUCACGGUUAGCUCCAGUCCUGGAAGAAGAAGGGACUGUGCCGGAUCAUGUUUCCACGGUUGUGAAGGGAACACCGGGUUACCUUGAUCCAGAAUACUUUUUGACACAUAAGUUGACUGAUAAAAGUGAUGUUUAUAGCCUUGGAGUUGUUUUCUUGGAACUGUUGACGGGUAUGCAUCCAAUAUGGCAUGGCAAAAACAUUGUCCGAGAGGUGAAAACAGCACAUGAAUCGGGCAUGGUAUUGUCUUUAAUAGACAGUAGAAUGGGUUGGUAUCCAGCUGAAUGUAUGGAGAGAAUGGUAAGUUUAGCCCUGAGUUGCUGCAAUGACGAGCCAGAGAAGCGACCGUCUAUGUUGGAUGUGGUGAGACAACUAGAAUACGUACUCAAAAUGAUGCCGGAAACUGAUUCGGUUUCUUCAUCAACCGAGUUGGUUCAAUUAUAUUCAGGCAAGUCAUUGACAUCGUCCUCGUCGUACGGUGGCACUAGCAGGGAGGUAUAUGCUUCGUCAUUGAAUGUGACAGGGAGUGAUCUUGUUAGUGGUGUAAUUCCUUCCAUUGCACCCCGUUGACAGUGAUAGGCAACAAGUGAACUUAUUGGUAUUAUUAUCAUUGUUAAUAAUAUGUAAAUAUAUACAACCAGUUUCAAUUUUUCUUCAUAAUAUACUAGAGGACUGUAAUGUGAUAAUCUAGGAAUGGUUGGCAUUUCAGAAUUGUACAACAAAUAAUAGCCAUUUUCCUUGGAUGCAUCAAUUACAUAAUUUCUUAUACAA